CCAUGAUUUUAGGGCUCUUCUUGUUGGACGAUGAAGAGGCGCCCUGGGAUCUCGGGAUUGCAUUCCGCGGCUGCAGCUAGGGAUCAGUAUCGGUCUGUUGGCGAGAAUGUGGCGAGAAUCCGGACGGAUCUUCUCAAAGAGCAGCUGGCGACGUUUAGGACGCAGCUAGAAGAAUUUGCGCGCAAGCACAAGCAUGAUAUCAAGAAGAAUCCAGCGUUCCGGGCUCAGUUCCAUGAGAUGUGUUCCAAAGUCGGAGUCGAUCCUUUAGCGUCCAACAAAGGUUUCUGGGCCGAGCUUCUAGGAAUUGGAGAUUUUUACUACGAAAUUGGUGUCCAGAUUGUAGAGAUCUGCCUUGCGACUCGAUCUCACAAUGGAGGACUAAUUGAUCUCAACGAGCUCUGCUCGAUGCUAUCUAAGAAGAGACGAACGUCCCGGGAGACGAUCACUAGCGAUGAUUGUCUCAAGGCGAUUGACAAGCUCAAGUGUGAUGGGUUAUCUUUCAAUGAUUUUGCAGACUCGUCAACCAUUCGUCCCAUGACGGCUUAUUUGCAGGUACUCGGAAGUGGCUUCGAGGUUUUCACCGUCGGCAAAAAGAAACUCGUUCGCUCUGUUCCAACCGAGCUCAACAAAGACCACAACCAAAUCUUAGAACUCGCAGAGGUCCGUGGAUUUGUUCUGGUUGAAGACGUAGAACGCGCUCUAUCGUGGCAUCCCGGUCGAGUGAUCGAUGCUUUGGAAACAUUGAUGAAGGAAGGCCUGGUGAUGAUUGACGAUGGACACCCUGAUAGGAAACGAAGGUAUUGGUUUCCUUGUGUUAGUCUCAGUUCUAGCAAUGCGGAAGAACUCUAGAAAGAUCCCUUUUCGAAGCUGCGAAUACAGUCCCGCCAUUCUUUGGCUUUCUCCUUUCCUUUCGCGGCCUUCCAGUUGGCGAUCCUUCUUCUGGAAGGAGUCUACCUGAUGUCUGGAACGAUCAUCAGGUUUUACGUUGCUUAUUUCCUUGCAGACGCUGCUCAGGUGCGCUUGGUGUGAUGCUACUUUCUUGCCGAUCAUCUACCCGGCACUACAAGAGUUUUUUCAACAAGGUGAACUCUUGCCCCAGUUUUUCAAGCGACAGGGCCGCUAUGCCGACGCUGUAGUGUCGUACAGAGAAGCACUGCGAGCCGGCUCGAAAACGCUGUGCUCCUGGCUGGCAACUUGGCGUGGCCUUAUCCGGUGGUAUCGAAGCAGCGCCUUGUCUGAAGCAAAAACGUUAAAGAGGCCAUCUUGGUGCUGAUAGAUGCUGCCAAGAAAUCCAUGGUCGCCAGGAUGACGAGGUACCUGGAAGUUCUGCUUUGCUCUAGCGACGUGCAGGCAUUUGGAAGAGUGUGCUUCCGGCGAUCAUCAAGACGCUCAAGAUGGCCAUGGAGAGCGCUACAAAGUUUCUCGAAGCAAGCGGAUAGAGGUUCCUAAGCAAGUUGCAGACGAGCAUCCCGGAGCUGAAUAGUCGAUGCCGCCAUAGAUUGUAACGAGUGUUUGGAAAAGGCCAAGUUUUUGGACGUGCUACUUGAGCUUUGCAACUCUCCUAAAUUUCUCAUUAGAGAAAUGCCAAAGAAGGGCAUUUGUUCUC